UCCGUCACCAUGACAACCAGCACCGCGCACAAAGACGACGUCACGCGUUAGUCUGCGUUUACAAGCAAGAUGGCUGCCUAGUUUGUGUAUAGUUUUAACAUCUGUGAAAAAGUCAUUGUUUCGGUCGCUAGAGGAGGCCUUUUAUUGAAUUUCGACGCUUCAGUUGCACUUGCUGACCUUUUACCUCAGACGUUUUGGUAUAGAAAUUACCUAACAGCUGAGACAAAAUGAAGUCGGACGUGGAGGAGUUAAUGCCGAGGCUGCUGCCCAUUGAGUUUGGAGCCAGUACAGAGAACCUGGACCUGAACGGACCGCCGAGGAACCCCCAGGAAUACCUCCGACAAGUCCAGUUGGAGGCGUCAUUAUGUCCAGAGGUGGUGGUUGCUCAGAUAGACCCCAAGAAACUGAAGAAGAAACAAACAGUCAAUGUAUCUGUGGCCGGUUGCCAUGCUGCUCCCAUGGGUUUCUGCCCCAGUUCCAGUUGGCAGCAGCAGCAAGUCAGUAACUUCUCAGAUAUCAGACAGAGCAUCACAAAGAACAGGAAACACUGGAGCAGCCAGACACUGGAUGACAAUGUGCUGAUGCCAAAGCUAACAGAUGAGGAGGGCUGGAAGAGGUUUUGUUUAGGGGAGAAGGUUUAUCUGGGCAUAUCAUCCUGUGACACAGAUGCAGAGCCAGCGCUGGACUAUAGCAAGGUGGGCUUCCCUCCCUUCCUAAGCAUUGUUAGCAGACUCAACCAGUCCACAGUGUUGAUGGUGUUGGAAAUUCUUAUCAGUUGGUUUGAGGAGAGAGCAUUUGUUCCACAGUUGGGUCGCUGGUUGUAUGCCUUACUGGCCUGCCUGGAAAAGCCUCUACUACCUGAAGCCCACUCCUCCAUCAGACAGCUGGCCAGGAGAUGUGCCCAGCUCCGCAGCACGCUGGUGAAUCAGGAGGAUGAGAAACUGCCUGCCCUCAACCUGCUUAUCUGUCUUGUUGCCAGAUACUUUGAGCAGAAUGACCUGGCAGAUCAGCCAGAGUGAACACAAGGUUGAACUGUUUGAGACUGACAUCAACAACACAUUAAGGAAGAGUAUGUAGUAGGCCCUCUUACUGAUGCAGCACUCAGGCAGCAGGCUCUACAGUCAAGCAACAAGACCUGACAUUGGAACUUAAGAACAACUCAUAGAGAACCUUUACCAACCAAGCAAAUUCAGUGGAUGGAAGUAGACUUAGUCUCGAGAGUGCUAACAUCCACAUGGGGUCUGGUGGCUCUGCGCAGGUUGGGAUGAAAGUUCAGGAUGAAACCAAAAGGCCUUCAUCAUGAACAAAACUUUUUGUUUUUGUUACUAUUUGUGAUGAAUUUGGUUACUUGAACAGACCUCUGCUGAUACAACCUAAGCAGCCAAAGCAGUAGGAUCACUAAUAUUUCUGACGUGAAUAGCCAAGCUUUUUCUUGGUGAAUUUAGUCCUGAUGUUAAUGGCUCUAUUCAAUGUAAGAUUUGUUUAUUAAACUGUGAUGAUUUGUAUAAUUGCUUGUGUGGACAUUGGUGUUGGUCAAGUUUUUCAAGCCCAUACAAAUAUAGUUUCCAAAUAUUAACAGUGUAGCUUUUUAGCUAUGCAGAUGGUCCAACACUUUGGUCCAGAGUGAAAUAUCUGCACAGAUGAUAGCAUGAAAUUUAAUACACGCAUUAAUAUUCAAGAGAAUGAAUUCCUAAUGACCUUGGUGAUCACCUAAGAUUUCUUCUGUCUCAAGCAGCUCAGUUUAGCCUUGUUUCGUUUCCCCAUACACUGAUGGCCUCCACCAGUGAUGCACAAACUGUGGAACAGUGUACUCCAAUAAAAAUUGGUGAU